GGGGGCGUUGCAAACUACCACCACGUCUACGUGGGGAAGACUGCAAAAGGGGACGCGGCUAAAAAGAGCGGACACAAGCUAAGCAUUUCUACCAAAACAGCUGACUAUUUCCCCCCUCCUGUAGUAUCUGAAAGCUUCGGUUAAAACUGGAGAAGAAUGCCCGUCGUUGUUAACUAACUUUAAAUAAUUGGAGAAGUAACAGGCGCUGGUAGCCGUCCGGAUUCCUCCAGCUUUCUUUUUUUUUCCUUUGUUACUCCGUUUCUUUUUGAAGAAUGUUUUGACAACGUGAAGACUUUGUCCAAUUGAAAGACAAAACGACCUUUUUCUAAUAGUUUGACUCGAGAGUCCCGAGAUGGCACCGCGGAGGCUAAAACUGGUGGUCCGACUGCUGCUGCUGGCGGUGCUGUUGGACGCGAGCACGCAGGCGGGGACGGCCAAAAACAUCAAUCCCGAGUCUUGGCUGCAACAAUACGGUUACCUCCCGCCGGGGGACUUGCGGACCCACACGCAGCGUUCCCCUCACUCCGUCUCCUCGGCCAUCGCCGCCAUGCAGCGGUUCUAUGGCCUCACCGUCACCGGCUCCUUUGACACCAACACCAUCGAGGCGAUGCAACGACCUCGCUGCGGUGUGCCGGACAAGUUCGGCGCCGAGUUGAAAACCAACCUGCGGAGAAAGCGUUACGCCGUCCAGGGCCUGAAGUGGACCAAGAACCAAAUCACAUUUUCAAUACAGAACUACACACCCAAGGUGGGCGAGUACGAGACCCACGAGGCCAUCAGGAGGGCCUUCAAGGUGUGGGAGGGCGUCACCCCACUGCGAUUCCGCGAGAUCCCCUACCACUACAUCCGGGACAAAGUGGAGGAGUUUGCGGACAUCAUGAUAUUCUUCGCCGAGGGCUUCCACGGCGACAGCAGCCCUUUCGACGGCGAGGGAGGCUUCCUGGCCCACGCUUACUUCCCCGGGAAUGGCAUCGGGGGGGACACCCACUUUGACGCGGCUGAGCCUUGGACCAUUGGAAACCGGGAUCUGAUGGGCAAUGAUAUCUUCCUGGUUGCGGUGCACGAGUUGGGCCACGCUCUCGGUUUGGAGCAUUCCAACGACCCCUCGGCCAUUAUGGCCCCUUUUUACCAAUGGAUGGACACCGAGAACUUCCAACUUCCCGAAGACGACCUCAGAGGCAUUCAACAACUUUAUGGCUCCGGAUCGGGCCCCCCCCAGCCGCCAUUUGCGACACCUCAAAUUCCAACAGACACAACUCCCAGCUAUACACCAGACAAACCUCGUUUUGGCCCAAACAUUUGCGAGGGACACUUUGACACCAUCGCGAUCCUCAGAGGCGAAAUGUUUGUGUUCAAGGAUAAGUGGUUCUGGCGUGUGCGGAACAACCAAGUGAUGGAUGGAUACCCCAUGCCUAUCGGUCAUUUCUGGAGGGGGCUGCCUACUCUCGUCAACGCUGCUUUUGAAAGGGAGGAUGGGACGUUUGCCUUCUUUAAAGGUGAUCGAUACUGGGUGUUUAGUGAAUCCAUCCUCGAUGCCGGUUACCCCAAGAAGCUCAGGGAGAUGGGCAGCGGCCUCCCGAAAGAUCGGAUAGACGCCGCGCUUUAUUACACCCCCACUGGGCAGACCUACUUCUUCCGAGGAGACAAGUACUACCGUUUUAACGAAGCAUCGCGGAGUGUUGACGCUGGUUAUCCAAGGCCCGUCAGCGUCUGGCAAGGAGUGCCCGACAAUAUCAAGGCAGCCUUCAUGAGCAAAGAUCAAGCGUACACCUACUUUUAUAAAGCCAACAAGUACUGGAAGUUCAACAAUCAGAUGAUGCGCGUGGAGCCCGGCUACCCGAAAUCAGCUCUGCGCGAUUGGAUGGGAUGUCCCAACGAAGACCCCAAGACGGACGGAGGAAGAGGCGGCCACGACAAAGACAAGGAGAGGGACCACAACGACGACGACAAGGACAGAAGUCGAGACAGGGAGACAGACAAAGAGAGGGAGAGAGAGAGAGAAACCGAGACAACGGUGGAUCGGGAAGAGGAAGCGGACGAUACGGAGGUGAUCAUUAUCGAGGUGGACGAGAAAGGAGGGGCGGGAAGUGGCGGGGGCGCGGCCGCCGUGGUCAUUCCAUUGUUCCUGCUGGUGUGCGUGAUUGCAACGCUGGCGGCUUUAGUGUUUCUCCGUCGCUACGGGACUCCUCGCCGACUCCUCUACUGCCAACGUUCCUUACUGGACAAAGUGUAGUCGGAACAGGAGGGCAGGACAGAAAGAGAAACAAAUGGAAGGCGACGUUCUCCAAAAUAAGAUCGAAUGUGAGGACGGGGCGGGCACGCUUCACUCUUGAAACCACCGGCAGGUUCUUUUCGCUCCGUCACCUCGAGCGCUCGGUCGGGCCUUCCAUUUGGUUCUCUGUCCUUGUGGGGACUGACGCCAGCUCACAGCUGUUGCUUUGUUUGUUUUAGCCUUUUUUCAAUGUCUUCUUGUCAAGUUGACGCCAUCGCUCAGCGUUUGUUGCCUCUACGCGGCAUACCGUGUUCCUCGUGUAAGCAAAUUGUGUCUUUGACCCCCCCCCCCCCCCCCCCGCAAUGUACUGCACACCCCACACACGCCCGGUUCCCUCUGCACACACACCGAGACACUCAUGCAAACGUUUUUCCUCAAACCACAAAGUCAUUGUGUUUUUGAUCCUUCCAGUAAAAAAAGAACGGAGCCAGCGCGAACCAUAAAAGGGAAAGAAACCAUCAGCAUGAGCAAUAAACUGUGUUUCCCCUUUUUAUAUAAAUGCUGAUGUUGUCAUUAUUAUUAUGACUAUUACUAUUAUUGUUGUUGUCUGUGUUAUGAAUGUGUUUUUGUACAUUGUCAUUAAAAAGUCCUGCUGGACAGUGACAUUCCGUUUUGAAAGUGGCCUUAAUUUUAUAUGUGGGAAUAGUGAACGGGGGACGCGGGUUAUUAUUUGUGAUUGAAACUUGAUAUGUUUUGAUUUUAUGGUCAAAUGAAAAUAAAUCUGAAAUCUGAAAAAAA